AUGGUACUUGCGACGCACGACCAGUUAUUUGCGACGGUCAACCUGCUACGUGCGUCGCUCGACCUGCUACGUGCGUCCUUCGACCUGCUACGUGCGUCGCUCGACCCGCUACGUGCGUCGCUCGACCUGCUACGUGCGUCGCUCGACCUGCUACGUGCGUCGCUCGACCUGCUACGUGCGUCGCUCGACCUGCUACGUGCGUCGUUCGACCUGUUACGUGCGUCGCUCGACCUGCUACUCGAGACGUUCGACCUGCUACUUGCGUCGCUCGACCUGCUACUCGAGACGUUCGACCUGCUACUGCGUCGUCGUCAGACGUUCGACCUGCUACUUGCGACGCUCGAACUGCUACUUGCGACGCUUUACCAGCUUAUUGCGACGCUCGACCUGAUACUUUCGACGCUACAUGUGCUACUUGAGACGUUCGACCUGCUACGUGCGUCGCUCGACCCGCUACGUGCGUCGCUCGACCUGCUACGUGCGUCGCUCGACCUGCUACGUGCGUCGCUCGACCUGCUACGUGCGUCGCUCGACCUGCUACGUGCGUCGUUCGACCUGUUACGUGCGUCGCUCGACCUGCUACUCGAGACGUUCGACCUGCUACUUGCGUCGCUCGACCUGCUACUCGAGACGUUCGACCUGCUACUGCGUCGUCGUCAGGUGAAGCUGCGUUCUCUGCAAGCUCAUGACGUUCCCUUCUCUGCAAGCUCGUGA